AUGGUGCUCGAGCAAAGGAUGAGUUCCUGGAAUACCAGAACUUCUUCUCAUCAAAAGGUGAGUGCGCAAGCUAUGCUAUUAGUCCUGCUAAUGGAUAUUCGACGUCAAUUAUAA